AAAGCAUUCCCCCCCCCCCCUCCCAUCCCUCUCCUCCAAAGCUCCUCCUCUGUCGUCGGAGAGCAGAGAGCGGUCACACAUUGCUCAAUGAGAGCAAGAGGGCACCGUAGAGGAUUUAAUUUCAACCUGCUGCUGUGCCGUGCGGCUGUUUUUCUCGCCUCUGACAAAGCAGAGGCUAAUAUGAAGACAUCAUUUGGCAAACCAGACCCUGGAAAGCACCUACAAUCUAUUCAACUCAUUUGAAACUGGUGACAACACCAUGCAUUGUCUCCUCAUGUGCUCUCCCCUCAUCCUACCCAGCCAUUGAGAGUGAGGACACCACAAGCUGCACAGACAUGGGUUCAGACCAACCCUGCAUGGAUUCCCUCGAGAGAAGGCCCACGUUGAGUGCCGCCUGUAAGCGGCAGGCCUACCGGUGUCUGCGGAAAAAGCUGAGGCCAUUGCGAAUCGUAGGGUUUGUCCUCAGCCUGGUGGCCUUAAGUGCAGUGUCCUUCAGUGCCUUGACCUGGAGCUCAUGGGGUUUCAGUGAGCCAGUGCUCCCCCAGGAGAGUCUCCACCAGUCGGCCCCCCACAGGACUCUACUUUUCACCCAACUGCAGAGGGACCCCAAUGUGUCAGCCGACAUGCCAACAGCCAUGAGAUCUUCAGCACAUAGCAACGAAAGCCAGGGGGCGUACCCACCAGACCUUUUCACCCUCGAGGAGCGACGCAAAGGAGCAGUGGUCCUCCACAUGUUUGGCAUGAUCUACAUGUUCAUUGCCUUAGCCAUAGUGUGUGACGAGUUCUUCGUCCCAGCGCUGACGGUCAUCACAGAGAAGCUGACCAUUUCGGAUGACGUAGCGGGUGCCACCUUCAUGGCGGCAGGUGGCUCAGCCCCGGAGCUCUUCACCUCCAUCAUCGGCGUCUUCAUCUCGCACAGCAACGUGGGCAUCGGCACCAUCGUGGGCUCGGCCGUCUUCAACAUCCUCUUCGUGAUUGGGAUGUGUGCCAUCUUCUCCAGGGAAAUCCUCAACCUAACAUGGUGGCCACUCUUCCGCGACGUCUCCUUCUACAUCCUGGAUCUGAUCAUGCUCAUCAUCUUCUUCCUGGAUAACGUCAUCACCAUGUGGGAAAGUAUCACACUGCUCUCAGCCUACGCCGCCUACGUGAUCUUCAUGAAGUGCAACAGCAAUGUUGAGGGCUUCGUCAAAAGUUGCAUGAACAAGAACCAAGUGGUAGAAGUAGAAGUACAGCCCAAGGAUGAGAAGGCAAUUCCUGCGACCCCAGAAGAUGACGGGAAGUUGUCGGCCAGGCCUCGACUUCAGAGGGGAGGUAGUUCCGCCUCCCUGCACAACAGCUUGAUGAGGAACAGCAUUUUCCAGCUGAUGAUUCACACGUUGGACCCUUUAAGUGAAGAAUUUGCUGACUCUGAGCUUGGGACUUAUGGGAAACUAAAAUAUUAUCACUCAAUGACUGAGGAAGGUAAAUUUCGAGAGAAGGCAUCCAUCCUUCAUAAGAUCGCUAAAAAGAAAUGCCAAGUGGAGGACAGUGAGAAGGCCAAUGGAGUAGCAAGCCGUUCAGAUAAGAACCUUCCUAACAGCUCCAGCGUGGAAGUGGAAGUGACACCACCCAUGAACGGAACAGCAGGUCAAGAGGGGGAGACGGCUGAGGACGAAGAGGAGGAUGACCAGCCUCUGAGCCUGUCCUGGCCCGAGUCCAACCGCAAGCGCCUCACCUACCUCUUAAUCAUACCCAUCGUCCUCCCCCUGUGGAUAACGCUGCCCGACGUCAGGAAGGCGACAUCAAAGAGGUUCUUCCCCGUCACCUUCCUGGGUGCCAUCACCUGGAUUGCAAUCUUCUCCUACCUAAUGGUGUGGUGGGCUCACCAGGUUGGACAGACCAUUGGGAUUACAGAGGAGAUUAUGGGCCUGACUAUAUUAGCAGCUGGAACCUCCAUCCCUGACCUCAUCACCAGUGUCAUUGUGGCACGCAAGGGACUGGGGGAUAUGGCUGUAUCCAGCUCCGUGGGCUCCAACAUCUUCGACAUUACCGUUGGACUGCCGUUCCCCUGGCUCAUGUGGUCCUUCAUCAACGGCAUGAAACCGGUGCAAGUCAGCUCCAACGGCCUCUUCUGUGCCAUCGUGCUCCUCUUCAUCAUGCUCCUCUUCGUCAUAAUCUCCAUCGCCGCCUGCAAGUGGCGCAUGAGCAAGCUGCUCGGCUUCAUCAUGUUCAUGCUGUAUUUCGUCUUCCUGGUGGUCAGCGUCAUGCUGGAGGACAAGGUCAUCACCUGUCCCGUGUCCAUCUGAGGACGUUUCGAGGACCCACUUCCUCCCCCCUCAUCACCACCACAACCACCACCACCACCAACACGACCAUCCUUCUUGUCUGCCAUCUCUCUUACCAGACCCUUGUGAUCCUUUACCCCAGGAACAAAAGAAGAAUGAGGAGGACCGGACAAGAGAAUAAUAUGGAAUCUACCGAUAUUUUCGGCUAGCGAGGGGUGGUGGGGAGGGGAUAAACCAACAAGGGCACAAGACUUUGGCUUGGCUGGUUUAGCGUAGGCCUAACCUGAGUGGAUUUAUAUUUAUUGUUAUUAUUUAAUUGGCAGGCGAGGGGGGGGGUUAUGGGUGUACAAGCCAAAUAUAGAAGCAUUAUGCAUGCCAUUUAGUGUCACUUAGAUGACCUGGAAUCAAGACCACGCCUGGUAGGUUGAGGAGAAUGACCUCCUGUGAACUUUGGGGAGAAGAACAAGAGAUGCGCUGUGUAAAACUCCUCAUGUUAAAUGAGGUGGCUGAGCUGAAAUUGUGAGCAUAUUUGAACACACAUUUUUCAACAGACUAAGAAGCCGUCGCCAAGAGUGAAUAGGAGUUUGUGGAUGAGGAAAUUACAGACCGUGUGGGGGGUAAAUGCGUUUCCCGUCUGAUGGUAUUGAGCGAAAAGACUCCCCCUGUGGGCUUUGCACCCGAGCAACAAGGGAUGGAACACUCUUGCUGGGCAGACAAACUUCUCCGUUGUCAUUUCUUAUUUGCAGAUUCAUCAUGCGCUCAGCCUGAAUGACGAGUUUAAGCUUCCCCUCUCCCCUGCCGGAUGUCAUUCUUCACCACUGAAUGUCUUUUCAGAGGAUUCUUUUUUUUGUUUGUUUUUUUAUUCAUUUUCAUGAAAUAUAAGAAGUAGCAUUAGAUGUACUGUAGCAGAAUUAGUUAAGCCAUCUCGACAAUUUUCUCCUUUUUUUUUUUUUUUCUUUUUGCCGCUGAACACACGUUCUGAUUGUACAGAACUUUUCAUGCUUCACACGCACCGACUGACAAAGGCAAGAACAAAAAAAAAGGCCUAAUUUGAAGUUUAGCCUCAUAAUAUAUGCUAGCCUUCAAUAUCUUUCACUGGUUGAAAAAAAAAAAAAAAAAAGGCAUGAGUACUUUAGGCUCAUUAACGUUCUGUAACGAAGUCAAUGUCAAAAUAAUACAUUUGAAAAAAAAACUUAACAGUGUUUAAGUGUAAUGGUUGAUUUAGGUUAGUCAAUGUGUAGUGCUUUGUUCACAGUAGAACUGGGCUCAACUCACCGGCUAGUCAAACUCCUGGGGUAGUAGUUUCAAGGAGUCAACUGCAUGUAAAAAUAGACACUCGGAGGUGAAUAAUACCAAUCAACAUUUAAGAAGUUGUAUACCAAAAUGUAUACUUUUUCAGACAUGUUUCAUAACUCCUUAAUGCAAACCAGUGCUCAGUCUCUAUGUAGAAAGUGUCGACAUGUAUGGUCAAUGAUAUCUCUCGAACUUGUGCAAUUUCUUUUCUAAUCAAAGGUGCUUUCGUGUGCAUGUGUGCAAUCUGCAUUUGACGUCAUCACACAAUGACCAUUCCCUAUAUUUAUCUAUGAAUAGAGGUUAUACCACCAGUAUUUUGCAACUAACUGCAAAAAAAGAAGAAAAAAAAACACCAAACGUGUGUUUUAUACUGAAAAUAGAAAUCAUAAUCACGAUCUCUCCUUAAGCUACAUAGAAUGUGGAAAUCACAAAUUUAACAGCAAUAUACGGUGUGUGUCGUCGUUGAGAACUGCAACACAUCCCCCCCCUCCCCACCCAUGCGCGUCUGUCCCUCGCUGUCCUUCCUGUCCGACGUGGUCCCAACACCCCACAAGAAAAAAGUGGGCGACCAUUUCUCCCAAAAACUGCCCCCAUCCUGUUAGAGCUGGCCAGAAAACACCCGCUUUACCUCAACACAGCCUCUGUACAGCAGCGUAGUAACUGUAAAAUACGGUAAAUAGAUUCUCUGAAUGUGUGAGGAAAAAUGCAUGUGAGGAAUUUGGGCUGGUUACCCACUGACUGUACAGCUGAGCUUAGACCAGCUAUAUAUGUUCACUUUUAUGCAUCCAUUCAGAAAGAAACACCAAGAACUUAUUGGUUAUGCUUUGUAAAUAUACAUUUCUGUUUUUGCAAGAACAAAAUGGUUCACACGUGUAUUAUAUUUAUUUUCUUUUUUUUUGUAACAGUGGAUGGAAAAGGUCAAUGAUAUGCUGGAGGCCCUAAAGUACCAUAGUGUUAUUAAGCAAAAAGACAACUCAAAAGCAUUUAUUUUUAGACUACUCAACAUCUCAUUAGCAUAUUUUACACUGUAAACAUGUCUGUUCAGGUUCAGGUAAGAAAACGUGGGUUUUAAUGCCCUAUUGCUUCCUAGAGUUCAACAACAGUCGGACUUUGUGAUGCCGCCACUAUAUUUUCUGACAUUUGUUGUCAAAGAUAAAUGUAAUAGAAAACUAUGAACCCGGCAUCAACCAAACUCAUAUGUUAAACUGUUACGUGUGCCCUCGUACAGUAUAUCUCCUUGAACAUUUCCCGAACCCAGAUUUAAAAAGACAACUUCGUGAAAUUCUCCUGCACACAUUUGCCUUUAAACUCUUCCCUCAGAGCGCCUCACACACUAACAUGAUCACACCUCACCAUUAGUUUCCCCUUCUCUUCAAAAGAAGAGUUAGACAUUUUGGGAAAUGCAAUUUUUUUGCUUUUGUGCCGAGAGUUAAAUAAGAAGACGGGACGCCACUUUCAUUUCACUCGGGUAAACACAAAGCUAGAACCAGCACCUGCUUAGCUUAUCUUAGUACAAAAACGAUAUAUCUUGUUUGUUUAAUCCAUUCAAAAAACGAAGUGUAAAAAACCACAAGUUUUAGUUUGAAAUGGGGUUAAGUGCAGGCCAAGCUAAUUUAAGCUAACCGGUUGCUUGCGGUACUGUACAGACUUAAGAGAGGUACCAUCUCGUCUGACUCUCAGUAAGAAAGAUAAGACCCGUAGCUCCCAAAAUGUGAUUGCUUUAACGGGUCAAGAGAUCAUUUGCUACCACCACGCUCACAUGUGCAUCCUGUGCACUUCCAUUGCGAAAACCCCUCCUAUCAAGACGAAAAAAAUAUUUUUUUCUUUCUACAAGUUCCCACGGUGUUUUUAUGUGAGACCAUGAAGGGAGAAAGGAAAAAAACAAAUCACAAGGCAAACCGGUUUAGCGUGUGAGCUUGGCAUUGAUUGUGAUUCACCAGGGUAAGCGACCGUGAAAGUUGACCUCCCGACGAACAUUCUUGCACUGUAAAUGUUUUCAUUUUCUUGGUGUUAAUGUAAGAUUUAUUUAAGGUGUACAUAUAUACAGAUACAAAUUAACCAUAUAAUCUAUAUGUGUAAAAGAAAUGUCUCUUUAUGUAAAAACACAAAGUAUAUAAUAAAACAAAUAAAGAUUAUUCAAAUAUGCAA